UCUUGUUUCACUGUUCCCUAGGUAACAAGGUAACGGUUGUGUUGUUCCGCUCGACCAGAUCCUCCAAAAGAAACUCUAGAUUCAGUUUCAUAUUUGGCUAAAAGUAGGACUGGCUGGUACUACAGAGGCAUGGCAGAUGAACAACUGGAAUGGGUUUUCGAUUCUUUGGUAGAGUUUUUACGAGGGCCAAUAUGGAAUAUUCCUGUUUUAACGUUUAUUGAGCAAAAGUCUGUAGUUUUUGAACCUGGUGCAGAAAAUGAGGAAGAAUUGAAAAAAAUCCACGAAGCAUAUAAGAACUUGGUAGAUUUCAUGUUGGGUAGCUAUAUGGAAGAUCUCCGAAUUACACCUGAAGAAUUUGAGAAGUCAUGUUCCGUAGCAUCUAAAAAAGCAUUGAAUCAGUUUCAUCAGAGUCUUUUCCAACAAGUGUGGGCUGCAGAUGACUAUGAAAUAUUCAAAAGGAUGAUGACUCAGAAGAAUUUAGAACUGCAAUUGCAAGCACUCGAGUUCUUAACCCAGAAGAGAGGAUCGGUACCAAACUGCAUGGAGCCAGAUAACGAAAUAAAAGACGAAGAAAAAGCCAUGGAGGAAAUAAUAAAAAAAGCGAUAGAAGAAGUAUCAGAAAAUGCAGCUGAACCAAAAUCGAAUAAAAUCACGCCGACAGAUGCAGCGCUACAGGAGAAGAUGAAGCAAGAAGCAGAAAAAGAGAAAGAACUUCUUGAACAGGCAAUAAAACAGUCCGUAAAAGAAAAAGAAGAAAAGGACAUCGAUGAAACUGAAGAGUCAAAGUCAGAUGCAGAACAAUACCAGACAGAUGAGUCACCGAUAGAAGAAAAUGUCAUCGAUGGUGUUACAGAGGAUGUACUAGACAAAUCUAAACCAGAGGAAACCGCAGAACAAAUAGAAGGCACAGAAACUAAAGAAGAUCAAGAAAAUAACCAGCCACUCACUAGAGAAACAGAAGAAAAUGAUGGAAAACAAGCAGAACUGCCUAAGCUCAACACUCAAGGCAGUUUUCCGCCAAUCGAACAAGGUAAAAGCGUGGCCAAAACUCUACCUCCUUUGAAAACUCCUGAACCACCCACUCAACAAGAACGACCAUGGUCAGAAGGAGAUUCCAAAGUUUACGAGCCAUCUCAGGUUGAAGUGACACCCUUGGAACUGGAGCGUCGUCAGAAUUAUUUGCGGCAGCAAAGGGAUCGCAUUUUAGCCAUGAAGAAACAAGAACGGGCGAGAAGACUGUCCAACACCGAAGAAGUAAUCACUCAAGCCAGACCCAAAAGUGCAAGGGCAGCCAGGAAAGUGUUGAGGGAAGAAAGUACCGACGUCGACCCUCAAACUUUAGCGUUUAGGAAAACGUUGGCUGCGAAACUGAGAAGCGAAGUGAUUGAUAAAAAUGACUGAAACCUUGGCCGCGUGAAGAUGGAUUUUCUCUCGACUUCUUCCAAUUAGUUUCAUGUGCAUUGAUGCAUCUUCCACUUAAGUCUUCGAUUUAGGAAAUUUUUUUAAAUAAAUAUUUAACCUUUCUAUGACUAAACUACAAGCAUUAAUAGAUCUUUUCAAAGCCUUCAAUUUUUAAAUAAAAAAAAAAGAUGUUUUGCCUUUAAGAAAAUUUAGACGUAAAUUAGAAUUACCUUGCUUUGUUGAAAAUACCUUUAUAAAACUUGUUUUUGGUUAAUUAAAAUAUAGACAUUUUCUUGACCUUAAAUAUAAAGCAAAUGAUUUUAAUUUCAUUAAUGUGUUAUUCGGUAUUAUAAUAAAUCUUGGAAAAAUCUUGGAAUUUGUGUUCAUUUGCUUCCGUAAGUUUCCAUAAAACUUUAUUGCAUUUUAAUACUUAUAAAGGCAAUUAAUAUUUUAAACAAUAAAUGAUGUAUUUGAUUGCUCUAGAAAAAGUUAAUGUUGGAAUAAAACAGUUCCUCUGUUUUAAUAUGUUAGAAUUACAGUUUGUAGAAAUCUGUGGGAAAUAUAAGUUAGCUACAAUUAUAAUCAUUGUUUCUAUACAAUAAAGGGUUUUUCACUUGGUUAAAUGAAAACUCUUUCGGAAAUUGGAUGCAAUUUGUAAUCUUAUAAAAGUAUUUAUAUAGCAAUUUAUAUUAAAUCGUAAUCAUAAGAUUUUUAUAUUAAGAAUAUAAAAUUAGAGAAUUAAACUACCAAAAAGUUACAGUUGGUGAUAAUUCAAGUUCAUGGCAUGUAAAAGGAUUACAGGAUACAGCAUCACAACUUGAUACAGGAACAUAUGAGUUUCAUUUUCCCGGUAUCGAUUACUGAAUAAAGCAAUUCAAAAUAUUUCACGAAGAAACUCAACUAGUUUUGUUUUAAACAUGCAAUUUUAUUCUUCAUAAAUGUUCAGAUUUUUUAUAUUAAUUUCUGAUAUAAAUACUAAAUUUUAAUGAAACCAAAUGUCAAUUAUUUCAGAAGAAUUGGAAUCCUACUCAGAGCUACUCAAUGGGCGUAAUCAUCUCCCGCUUUUCUGGAGGGACCAUUUUAAUUGUUGUUAAUUACUAAUUGUCAAUGAAAUCUAUAAACAUCUUACAAUUUAACUAAUAAUUUCAUUUUAUCAAAAAAUUGAUUUUUUUUUCACAAAAACUUUGUCCAAUUAAAAUUGAGCAAAGAGUUUUGAGCUCUGCACUAAAAAAAAAUUAUCUCUUCACGAAAUCUGUCGACACUGUAAGAACCAGCAUUCUAAAAUUGUUUUAGUGAUAGCUUAGAAAAGAUCAAAAAUAGCAAUAAUUUAUUUCAGAUUUCUGGCAUCGAAAUGUAUUUGCCAUACUUUUGCUCAC